CUAUUACUUCUUCUGAGAGACUCGGUCAAUAAGCUACUUACUCUCGCUUCCUGCCAGGUCAUUGAGUCUCCGUCCUUGGUCAUUUUUCAAUUAUGCCGCUCAGGACCAAAAAGCGCAGCCCAGACGCUGAGAGUGAUCCGAUGAUCGAGGACGGCCAUCCGUCGACGAAGAGGACAAAGACCAAAGUUCCUAGGGAAUAUGGAAACCUCGGUUCUGUUAAACAAUAUGUCAGAGAGGGUAAAUUUGACUCGAAUGGCGACCGUUAUUGGGAAAUAUCAAAAGCACGCCGUGUGACCGUUUCAUCUUUCCGAGGAAAGACCAUGGUCAAUAUAAGGGAAUACUAUGAGAAAGAUGGCCAUGAGCUUCCAGGGAAGAAGGGGAUUUCUCUUCCGAUGGAUCAGUUUUCCUCCCUAGUGAGCUUGCUACCUGACAUCGAAACUGCUCUUCAAGAAAACGGGGAGUCAAUUUCUCGACCGAACUAUGCUAGUGGUAGUAGGUUGGAUGUUGACAAGGAUGGAGAAGAUGGCGACCCGGGUGAUCUCCUAGACGCAGAAAACUCUCGCAAGAAUAUCGAAGCGACAAGUGAGGACGAUAGCGACGAGUAGGCAUACUCAUCCAAAUAGGCAGCCCAGCAUCUGUUGUUAACCACCCCAAUCGUUCCAAGGCAAAGAGCCUACUUUUUACUUGUUUUUAAGAUUCUGCAAAGGUACUGUUUUUCUAUGAGGUCGUCGCCUUGCUAUUAUGCAGAGUUGAACACGAGAUGAUAUCUCUAUUCAAGAGGUUGACUAUCUGUGAUAUGAAAUGGUAUCUUGCCGAACCUUCUUAGCCCUGCGAGAAUUGAGAUAUACUUCUACUCUGCUCGCAUCGUGUCCAUAUAACUUGUGCCACUUGAGAUCUUCGUUUUGCUAUUGCUUUGCCUCUUGGUCGUCUAGUUUUAGUUGCUUUAGCAUCUUUAACGGGGCCAACCUUAUUGCCAGUCUUAGUAUAUAUGAGUGGUCUUGUGCAGCAUAC